AUGCCAGCAGCCAUCAAAGGCUGGUCCGACGCUGAAAAGGUCGCAGUUCUCCUCUCCAUCAUCCGCACUUCAGCCGUGACCCCAAAAUGGAAAGAGUUGCCUCUUCCCGUCGGUCGCACCCUCGGCGCCACGCAGAAAAUGUACGAAAAGAUCCGCGAGUCCGGCGACGCAAUCGAAAUGAAUAGCCCCGAGAAAGUCCCCGCAGCUCGCAAGAUGGGUCCUCGUGGGGGUAGAGCAAAUGGAACGCCUAGUCGUACGCCGAAGAAGGGAGCGAGGGUCAAGAAUGAGGAUGAGGAGGAUAGUGGGAGUGAUGGUACUUGGAAGGUUGGGAAGUUCAAUGGCGAGGCUACGACGGCGGGCAAGAGGAAGAGGGGAGGGAAUGGAGGGGGUAGGGGUGGGAAGAAGGGAAAAUUGGUCACGGAUGAGGAGAUUGCCGGGAGUGAGGAUGAGAAUGUGGAUGGGGAGGAUUGGGGGAUUGUGAAGAAAGAGCCAAGUACGAGUGUUGAGGCUGAAGAAGGAAAUGAGGAGGUCGCUGCCUAG